CUUUAACACAGCUACCACAAGAUGUCAUGAAUGUUUCAUAGCGGCGCGCAGGGGCUUGAAAGCGGGCUGUCGACCGUGGAACUUCUUUUAGGCAGAGCGAGCGCCUCAAAAUGAUUACAUACUGCCCCACCUGUGCUAAUAUGCUCCUGGUGGAGCUAACGGAGUAUAGCAAGGAGCUUCGCUACUUCUGCCAGUGUUGCCCAUACGUGUACAACAUCGAUAAGAAGAUUUCGAAGAUGGCCCCUCUGGCUAGGAAGCAAGUAGAUGAUGUGCUUGGAGGAGAGGAUGCGUGGAAGAACGUAGCCAAGACGGACGCCACCUGCCCCAAGUGCAGCUACCAUCAGGCCUACUUCAUGGAGAUUCAGACGCGCUCGGCGGAUGAGCCCGCCACGCUGUUCUUCAAGUGUGUGCAGUGCGCUCACCGCUGGCGUGAGGGUUGAGGGGUUCCCGCCGCUUCCACACCGCCGCUGGAGAGCGGUCAGCCCGCUGGGCGAACAGCUAGUGCCUGGGCUGCCGGCCAGCUCUCUGGCAAAUCAACUCCGUUGGUUGUGCUGAUGAGGAAGGACCAGAGUCAUCUCUUGGUUGAGAAGGAGCAGACUGCAGGUAGCCGUGCUGUUGGCGAUGCCAGUUCAGAGAGCACCAGCGCUGUGUGGCAGUGCACGCGUGCCAUCUAAUAUUGAAGCUAAAUGAAUGGUGGACUGCUUAGUGACAAGGAAGGUCGCCCUCCCUCUCAAAGGGAAGAAAUGAAGUGGGUGAUACACGUGUGACAUAAUGUAUGCAGCAGGCUUUUGGUAACCAGGCUAUCAGGGAGUGCGUGGAAGCGCAAAACCGCAGUAUGGAAGCGGAGGGAAGUGGAGGUUACUGAGUGAGGCUGAGUGCACGCAAGUGUAUGGGCCGUGCGGCAUGCGUGGCACGCCUUUCCCUCGGUCUCACUCGGGCGAGCAGCGCAUUCGCUGUUUGUUGUGCAUGCGAGUACGAUGCUGGCUCAUUGAUAGUGAUGGCCGGAGGCUGCUGAGGUACACCAACGCACCAGCUACGGGUGGGGCGGAACCCUGAGAUUGGGUUCAUGAUGCCUGGCCCGGCUCCGAGGUAGUGCCUUUGUAACAUCACCACUCU